AUGAGCAGCUGUGUUGAUCGUGAUCGAGUAUUGCGUAAAAUCGAAUCGUACAUUUUGGCAUUCAAGUGCUGUUUGGAGAACGUUCCGGGCCCAACGUCUUUCUUACUAGGAAGUUUGUAUUACAAGUACCGGAGUCGAUAUGGCACCCAAAGAAAAGUAGACUAUUAUGUGAGGCUCACCUGUGAAUUGCUGAACGAAUAUCGCGAAGCUUUACAUAUUUUAGCCACCAGCAAAGGACUUAUCGUUGGAGACCUCGUUAUUCAGACUCGCGACGGUGAAUUGCUCGAUUGCCGAACCGUGACAGCUGUACCGCAAUUCUGUGGUAAUGUCAAAGUUAUACAAUCGUCUGCGAAAUACGUAUUAGUCGUGGAAAAAGACAGCGUCUUCGAGAAACUUGUCGCCGACAACUUUGCCACCGUGCUUGGAACCGGUAUAUUAAUAACGGCGAAGGGAUAUCCCGAUUUCUCAACUCGUGUUUUGCUGCGGAUACUUCAGAAACAUUUGCAUAUACCAUUUUUCGCUCUCAUGGAUGCUGAUCCUAAUGGUAUGCGGCCUUGAGU